AAUAUUUUAGAUAUAGUUAUGUUUAUCACAAGAUUAUUUUUCUUUGUCGGAAUUAUUCAUGGUUUAUCGCAAGCGAAAAAAGCUCCAGAUGGAAUUUGUGUCACCAAAUUGCUGAAAGGAAAACUCGUAUCAGUUGGAGAUUGUCAGAAAAACGAUGGAUCUGACAUUGUCAACGUGAUUAAACAGGAUCUGAUAAAGAAAACCCUCGAACCUACUUGCAAAGGAAAAUGGACUGAGUGGUUCAAUCGAGACCAUCCGUCUGGUUCAGGUGAUUAUGAGGACUUACAACAAAUCAUCAUAGAAAGCAAAGGUGGAACAUUGUAUUAUAUAUGCUCCAAUCCUACUGUUGUUCACGCAAGGGCUCUGAAUCCAGAACGACCAUGGCAAUAUGCUAAUGAAAAUGUUCAUAUCUCUACACAGAUAGGAAUAUACUGCAAAAACAGAGAACAGACGGAUGGAUAUUGCGAAGAUUACAAAGUUAGAUUCUGUUGCGAGUAAUGUGAAUCCUCCCACCGUAUAUUGUUGUUUGUGAAUUUAAUCAAUUAUUCCAAAAUUUUGUGUUUUUUGUUUCAAAACAAGAAUACAGUUAAUACGUUACAAUGUGAUCUAAAUGCUGAAGAAAUGUUUUUCAAAGCAGAGUGCGAAAAAACUUUGACCGAAAACUAUAUACAUAUUUUUUUCUUUUUCAAAACGGAACUCAAACUCAUUCAAAUUAUUACUUAAAUGUAAUUACGUGCAAAUGUAUAUAUUUAUUUCUAAAGUUCAAUGCCCUGCUUAAUUUGAAGGAUGUAUGUUUUGUUGACACCAAUAUAUGAUCUCAUUUAUAAGACACCAACCAUUUGGCGUUUGAGGUCCACCACCAUUUUUGCUAUUGUUAGAAAACCUUAAUUUGUAACAAAUUAACAGAUAAAUUUGAGUAUUUGAAAUCAACAAUAAAAAAUGGGUCGACGUAUGAGAUAUUAUAAAUUCGAUCACAUUCGAAUAUUGGCUUUCGCCAUCAGAUGAAACGAAAUUGAAUAAUUUGCUUGUGAUUAUUAACAAUGAAAAUACAUGAUUUAUCUUGUUUUACAUGGAUUUCAUCAUGUGAUUUAUUUUGCAAUGAUUGAGCCGGAGCAAAAUCCCGCUACGUAAAAACGAAUGGUUUUUAAGAUGAAAAAAAGAGAGGGUCGAUGUUAACGAGUAAUGUGGAAUGUGUACGAUCAUUUUUAAAGAGAUUCGAAAAAAAAUUAAUAUUAGUUAAC